CUGGGACUGGGGGCAUUUGUGUUGAGUGAUAAAGAAUGGGUGCUUGCAAAACAGCUGUGUGAGGUCUUGAAGAUUUUGAAGCAUGCUACACAAUUCUUUUCAUGCAGAAUGCCUAAUCUUGCUGUAGUCAUUCCAGCAAUGGACCACAUUGACAAUGUCUUCACUACUGGCAUCAUCAAGACUGACAACCUUGAUCCUGCUAUCUGUGCAGCCCUCCACAUUGCAAAGAAGACUUUGAAUAGGUACUACCCCCUCACAGAUAGGUCAGAGACCUACCGCAUUGCAAUGGUUCUUCACCCAUGUUACAAGCUAGAGUAUUUUAAGGCCAUAGACUAG